ACUGUAUCUAAUAAAUAAACCAGGUUCUUUCAUCUGUUAUACAAUUAGUUCUUCCUUAAAUAAUUUUGAUCUGGUAGCUCUCCAUCUUAUAAACGAGAAGUUUGAUUUCAUCAUCUAGAGGUCAAGGAGAUCUAAAUGUUCAUCACCAACCAUCACAUGUUGUAAGGCAUAUUUAGAUCAGUUUCAAAACUGGAGCUAUUGAAGGAAAGUAGGGGUUUUUUCAGAAUUUGAAGAUCAAGAAAACAGUCAUAAGGGCAACGGGACAGCCAAUAACCAGUCAAAGCAACCCAAGGUUGAGAACUGAAAGGCUUGGGAUCUGGCUCAGAAUUUGGUUUUUUGUGUUAAAAUGGGCAAUGGAUUCCAGAUCAUUAUAACAGAUUUGAAGGAUCAUUUGUUUGGGUCACUUGACACUUCUUUUGCUGGAGCAGUACUUUUUGGAGUUCAAGUUGAUUGGCACAUAAUUGUGGAUGUUUUACUUGUGGCAGUGAUUGUUUUCUUACUGUUUCAGAAGAGUUAUCAUCCUGAAAAGCGUCCUCUUACACCAAAGGAAAUCGAUGAGCUGUGUGAGGAAUGGAUCCCAGAACCACUCCAUCCACCCAUUACAAAGGAGAUGGAAUAUGAACCUCCUGUUUUAGAAAGUGCAGCGGGUCCACGUACCAUAGUAAGUGGCAAAGAAGUUAUCAAUUUGGCUUCAGCAAACUAUCUUGGACUAACAGGGAAUGAGAAGAUAACAGAAGCAUGCAAUGCAUCCAUUAAAAAAUAUGGUGUGGGAACUAGUGGUCCUCGUGGCUUCUAUGGGACUAUGGAUGUUCACCUUGACUGCGAGGCCAGAAUUUCAAAGUUUUUGGGGACUCAAGAUUCAAUUAUGUAUUCAUAUGGUCUUUUAACUACAGCUAGUACAAUUGCAGCAUUUUGCAAGCGGGGUGAUCUGAUUAUUGCUGAUGAAGGUGUACACUGGGGAAUUCAAAAUGGGCUACUCCUUUCAAGAAGCACUGUAAAAAAUUUCAAGCAUAAUGAUAUGGGAGCUUUAGAAGAGACCUUAGAGGAGGUCUUCUUACAAGAUAAACGGGUCAAAAAAGUGCUGAAUCGACGCUUUAUUGUAGUUGAAUCCAUUUACCAGAAUUCAGGUCAGAUGGCACCCUUGGAUAAAAUUAUGAAAUUGAAAGAAAAGUAUAAGUUCAGGGUAUUGAUAGAUGAAAGCAAUUCAUUUGGUGUGUUGGGUAAAACUGGUAGAGGUAUCACUGAACAUUAUGGAAUUCCGGUUGAAAAGGUUGAUAUUAUAACUGCCAGUAUGGGGUAUGCUUUGGCAACUAUUGGAGGCUUUUGUACAGGAAGUGCAAAAGUUGCUGACCAUCAGAUUCUUGCUGGUGCUUCAUAUGUCUACUCCGCAUCUCAGCCACCUUAUACAGCGACUGCUGCUAUAGCAGCAAUUGAUGUUCUUGAAGCAAGUCCUCAUCUUCUUCUCACAUUGCAGAAAAAUGUUAAACUUUUGCGAGAAGGUUUAUUACAAAUACCAGGUCUUAAAGUUUCAAGUGACCUGUUGUCACCUUUGGUCUUUCUUCAAUUGGAGCAAUCAUCUGGUUCCUUCAAGAAUGACUUGUUUACGCUUCAAGAAGUUGCUGACCGAAUGUUGGAGGAUGAGUCAAUAAUGUUGGCUGUACCUAGAAGAUCUUUGCAAGACAAUUGUAAACUACCAGCUGGAAUUCGUUUAACAGUUUCUGCAGCUCAUACAGAAUCUGACUUACUACAAGUUAUUCAGUCACUGAAAAAAGUGUGUGAAUUUGUACUCACUAAAAAAAAUUAACUUAAAUUCAUUUGAUUGAGUUGACCCCUCUCUUUCUUAGAAGGUGACGUGAACAUGUUAAUCAACUGAAACUUUAGAAUCUACAAGUUUGAGGAUCUUUUGACAUGUAAUUUACUUGGAACCAUUCAUCAGUGUCACAAAUUUUGAGCUUUGUAUUACCCAAAACUAUCCAUCCUUUUCAGUUGGGUAGCAGUUAAAAAAAUGUAUUUUAAUUUGUUGUGGUUUGGUCUUGUCUUCUAGCCACGUCAAGUCUUAUUGACUGGGAACUCGUGUUUAUUUGCUAGAAAGCUCAUAAUAUCUUGCAGUUGUU